UGAUAGUUUACAUGUUCAAAGGGAGAGAGACCAGAGAGAGGAGAGGAGAUUGAAAGCAAGGUCAAUACUCAAGAUCUAGGGUUUCUAUCUCCAUCUCCAUGGAACAGUAACUCUUCUUGUGUUGUUUACUCUCGUUGGUUUUUGCAUGCUGAGAUCGAUGUUUUUUUUCUUCUAAACAACAGUUUUCUCUCUGUCCUGCCUUGGAAGAAAAAGGAAGAGAGAAGGUAGAUGAUUAAGCUCUUAAAUUUCUAAACUACCAGCAGACAAAUACAAGGCAGAAAUCAUCUGUUUCAUCUCCAUCUGUAAUUCUGAGCUUCAGGAAGCUAGCUGACUAAUUAUAAGAAAGAUGGAGGGAAGUGGGGGCACUGAAUGUUCUAAAACAACCGCUUCAAAAGAAAUUCAAGAAGAGAGCGAGAGUGAAGAGCACGAUGGUGAAAGUAAGGCAAGAAAUGGUGGAAGCUCAAGCAAUAGUACGGUUGAAGAGAAUGAGAAGAAGCCGUCAGUUAGGCCUUAUGUUAGAUCCAAGCUGCCAAGGCUUCGAUGGACUCCUGAUCUUCAUCUUCGUUUUGCUCAUGCUGUUGAAAGACUUGGUGGACAAGAAAGAGCGACACCAAAGCUGGUUCUUCAGUUGAUGAAUAUCAAAGGACUCAGUAUUGCUCAUGUCAAGAGCCAUUUACAGAUGUAUAGAAGCAAGAAGAUCGAUGAUACAGGUCAAGAUUUUGGUGCAGAGAUCUUGAUUUCAUGGUCUCUGAAACCAGAUAUCUAUGGAGAUCCUUCUUCUAUUUUCCUCGCAGCAGCAUAUAAGCCAAACCCAGCGCUUUAG